AUGUCGCAAGAAAUCGCCGCCUCAGUCUGCCGGGAUCGGCUGACCUGGUGGACGGGCGGUCGGUCGGCUGGUCGGCUGUUCGGCUGUUCGGCUGGUCGGUUGGCCAGACCGAAGUGGGUAGAGUGGCCGAGAUUUGAGGUUGUCUCGUUCGGUCGUUUGGGUACAGCAAGACUCGGUGAAUGUUUCACCUGUCAAGCUUGA